UCGAAAAGUGAGACUAAAGAUCUGGGAGUACAUUUCGACCCAAAACUCACUUUCACUCUGCACUUAAACAAAACUAUUGCCGAUUUCUUUGCUAUGCUUGCAUUCGUUUGGCGUCAUUCUUCCGAGUUCACUGAUCCUUAUACUAUUGAGAUGCUAUAUACUGCGUUUGUGCGUUCCAAAUUGGAAUACGCUGCCUUUAUUUGGAGACUGAGUUAUACCUACUUGAGAGAAUCCAUUUUUAUGUUCCGAGCCGUAAUAUGCGUCGCUUUGAUGUCUUGAUGUGGGUUAAGCAGAACGGUUUAUGGUGCAAACGCGCCAAUCCUUAUCCUUAUAGCCUGAUAUAAAGUUCAGUGCGAGCGUGAACGUGAAUCUAUGGUGAACAUGUGGGAAAUAUUGUUUUCACCAUUUUGGUGCUGUCAAAAGAAAUCGCUGUGUUGUUGUUUUUUUCUACAGAAUUUUCACAUGGAUCGCGAAACAUUCAAUAUGAUAUAUGGGAAAAUUGAAGUACAUUUGAAAUAUAAAAGGAACACAUGACCAAAAGAUCGAAUACCAGGGGAAAUGCGUUAGGCAUUAGUUUUGGAAGUUUGGCAUCUGGUACUAUUGGCCGUCACAUAUCGUCAAUUUAUAGAAUAAGUCAAGUGUGUGAUGCUAUAAUAUAUGAAUUUCAAUAUGUAUUUAUGGAGUUCACGAAUGAAAACUGGCUUAGGGUCGCCAAUGAAUUUAAGAGGCGGUGGAAUUGUCCGAAUUGUCUCGGUUCCAUAGAUGGCAAGCAUAUUGCGAUAACUUGUCCUAAGCACUCUGGCACCCUUUUCUACAAUUACAAGAAAUUUUAUUCGAUCGGCGGCAUAUUUGGAUUGGACAGGAUUGGGCGACAAAUCUAUGGAGACGAAUUGCCCUUACCUCCAGACACUGAAAUCGAUGGAUGUAAAGUACCAUUUCAUUUUAUUGCUGAUGAUGCAUUUACACUCGGUAAACGGAUUAUGAAACCAUACAAACCACAUUCAAGAACAGUACUGAAAGAGGAAGAAAAAAUAUUUAGGCUGUGUGCGAGUACGUCUAAAUUGCUACCUAAAUAGAGAAAAAUCCUAAAUCACUGGAAAGUCUCGGUAACGCAGUGAAUAGGAACAAUUUAGAUUUUCUGCGAGCAUACUUUUCAACCUAAAUUGAACAGUCAAAUAUAUGUGAGCGAGCGAACAACGAUUUUUU